AGUUCAAUUCAGUCGUUGUUAGUCGCCGCUUGCACGCUCCGGCCGGUUUGUGUCUCUGUCAUUGCACCAAGUUACCUUCAACUAAAUUGUACAAUCUUAUCCAACAUCGCCAUUGGGCGAUAACACUAUCGCGUACUAUGACGCGACGGUACAUUUUAAAGUUUUCGUAAGAUAAGAAACUGUGGUGAUUAAAUUUUUACAGUGAACGGGUGUAGAAUGUGCGCGCACUGACGUUCUCGAAGGAAAUUUAUAAUACCGUUAUAUAGUGUUCCAUUGAAAUGUCGUUAUUUAAGAAGAAGUCGUCGAAACUUGCACCUCCUCCGCCGACGCCUUCUGCACCAAUAGAAGAGCCACAAAGUCAUCCUAACGGAGUAGACAAUAACAAUGGGUCACAGAAGUCGCAGCUGGUAUUUCACUGUCAGCAGGCCCACGGUAGCCCGCUGGGUCUUAUCUCCGGGUUCUCAAAUAUCAAGGAACUUUACCAGAAGAUAGCGGAAUGUUACGACUUCCCACCUGAAGAUAUACUGUUUUGCACUCUGAAUACCCACAAAGUGGACAUGAGAAAACUCCUUGGAGGACAAAUAGGAUUAGAAGAUUUUAUAUUUGCACAUAGAAAAGGCAGACCAAAGGAAAUAGAGAUUGUCAAAACAGAAGAUGCUCUUGGGUUAACAAUUACUGAUAACGCUGCAGGUUAUGCAUUUAUUAAAAAAAUUAAAGAAGGUUCAAUAGCUUCCAAAAUAAGUCAUAUAGAGGUCGGCGAUCAUAUUGAGAAGCUGAACGGAGAGAACAUGGUUGGAAAGAGGCAUUAUGAAGUCGCUAAAAUAUUGAAGGAUAUUCCCAAAGGAACGACAUUUAUAAUUCGAUUAAUAGCACCACUCAAGAGUGGGUUUGGGUCCAUAGGUCCUCCUAACAGAGGUGGCGCCAAAUCGGGUAAAAAGCAAAGUUAUGGAUCCGGAAAGGAAACUUUAAGAUUUAAGGCUAAUGGGCCAGCUACGAUUGAAAACGAGCAUGAUGAAAAUUCAAAGGCCGGGAUUGAAAAAAUAAAUCAACUAUUGGAGACAUUUAUGGGCAUUAACGACACGGAGUUGGCGACACAAAUGUGGGAUCUUGCCGAUGGGAAAACUAAUUCGAUGCAACUGGCUGAAGCGAUUGACAAUAGUGAUCUUCAGGAAUUUGGUUUCACUGACGAGUUUAUUAUUGAAUUGUGGGGUGUCAUUACAGACGCGAGAUCAGGGAGACUGAGCUAGGAUUUAUAUUAUAGGUACUUAAUUAACAAGAAAACGGCCAUAUUGAAUUUGGAAUUGUAAUAGCAGAAUGUGAAAUUUGAAUGUUCCAUAUUGCUCGGUCUGAAAAUGAGACAUAUCAGUGGACGCGCAUUAAUUGUGUGGAUGAUUUUUAAAAAAUUCCCCUCUCUUCUUACGUAUGAUAUUAUAUAAUUUUUUUUUCUUGGUGAAAAGAUCGUGAUUUACCAGAAUGAAGUAACAAUUUUCCAUUCUAUUGGAUUACUAAUAAGAUUUUAUACUGAUGUCUGUUACGUACUACUUUUUAACCUUCCUUAAAAAUGAUAUUUAGUAAAAUAUUAUUUUUCUCCAUGAUUAAUACACGUCCCCUCAUAACUUAAAUAAUAAAAUGAGAUUAGGUAGACAACUACGUAGGUAGUAUUAUUUAUUAUUAAACUAAAUAUAGCUAUUGCGGCCUAGAUAUGCAGAUAUAUUUUGAAAUGACUUUGAUUCCAUGAUGAUGAUAUUUGUAUGAUAAUACCUAAUAGUCGAAGUAGAAUUUUCCUGUAUUUUUAUUGUUAUUCAUAAAAUUGUGUUUAUUACCAUAUACAAAAUUAGAUGGAUCUAAGGUAUUGACAUAUUUUAAUUUUUUUUUGACCACCUAUACGAACGACUCCAGAAACUUGUUUUUAUAUAAGUAAAUUUAUAAGUAUUAUAUUUUACGUGUUUUACUGAUUCCUAUUUAAUACAUUUCCAUAGACGUGUGUUACAAAACAGUUAUGUAAAAUAGUAUGUACAUAAGUAGGUAUCUAUGGACAGUUGUGAAUAUUUUGUCGUUUCGGGCAAAAACUAAUGUUUGCCGCUCUUUAUAAUAAAUGACAAUACUGAUUAACAG